UUUUCCCCCACAUGUCUAGAAUCUAGAAGACGCUUCUUAAAAAACAAAAAAGUAAAAAAUAAUAAAUUUAUACGGAGUAUAAAAAUGGCGCUUUUGCUAUUGAAGAGUUGAUCCAACCCAAAGCUUCUUGAGCUAAAUAUGGCUACCGCUACCUCCGAUCAUCAACAACCAUUUCUUUCUACUUUUAGAAAGACUUCAGAUGAAUUUAAUGGUGAUGCAGAACAUCAACCUCUCUCUAGUGGAGGUCAUCCUAAUGAGGAUUACUCCCUUAUUUCCUGCAUUUUACCCUUUUUAUUCCCAGCUCUUGGAGGACUACUUUUUGGAUAUGAUAUUGGUGCCACAUCAUCUGCCACAAUUUCAAUUCAGUCACCAACUCUGAGCGGAACUACGUGGUACGACUUAAGUUCUGUUGAUGUUGGCCUUAUUAGUAGUGGCUCAUUGUAUGGAGCCCUGAUUGGUUCUGUCCUGGCCUUUAAAAUUGCCGAUUUCAUUGGUAGGAGGAGAGAGUUGAUCAUAUCUGCUGCACUCUAUUUUGUUGGGGCUCUAAUUACAGCAAUAGGUCCCAACUUUGUGAUCAUGAUGAUAGGGCGCUUUAUUUUCGGCAUUGGUAUUGGACUGGCAAUGCAUGCUGCGCCAAUGUACAUUUCUGAGACUGCUCCAUCUCAUUUAAGAGGCCGAGUAAUCUCUCUGAAAGAGUUUUUUAUAAUUAUCGGCAUGGUUCUUGGUUAUGCCAUUGGGAGCCUUCUAGUGGAUGUCAUUGCUGGUUGGCGUUAUAUGUAUGGCUUGAGCUCUCCUAUAUCAGUUAUAAUGGCAAUUGGGAUGUGGUGGCUGCCAGAGUCUCCUAGAUGGCUACUUUUUUGUGCUAUACAAGGAAAAGGAAUCAUUCAGGAUUUAAGGGAGAAUGCCAUUCAUUGCAUGUGCCGUCUUAGAGGGCCAGCUGUCAGUGCUACAGCUUCGCAGCAAGUGGAUGAUAUCAUGGAUGAGCUUUCUCUUUCGGGUGAAUUGACUGACAUCUCUACAAUUGAGAUGUUUAGAGGAAAAUACUUGAAGGCACUAAUUAUUGGUUGCGGUUUAGUCUUAUUCCAACAGAUAACCGGUCAACCAAGUGUGCUGUACUAUGCUGCCUCUAUCUUUCAGAGUGCAGGAUUUUCUGCAGCAUCUGAUGCGACAAGGGUCUCAAUUCUGCUUGGCUUGGUUAAGCUGGUAAUGACUGGAGUUGCUGUUUUGUUUGUUGAUAAAUUUGGUAGAAGACCUUUACUACUUGGUGGUGUAUCUGGGAUGGUGAUCUCUUUAUUGUUUCUUGGAGCUUAUUACACAUUUCUUGGUGAUGCACCGGCUAUAGCUGUAAUUGGUCUCCUCCUUUAUGUUGGUUGUUAUCAGUUAUCGUUUGGUCCGAUUGGUUGGUUGUUGAUGUCAGAAAUUUUCCCUUUGCGCAUGAGAGGAAGAGGAGUGAGUUUAGCUGUGCUCGUGAAUUUUGGGGCUAAUGCUCUUGUUGCUUUUGCAUUUUCUCCCUUGAAGGAUCUCAUUGGAGCUGCAAAUUUGUUUUUUCUGUUUGGUGGCAUAACUUUCCUGUCUGUCAUAUUCAUAUUUUUUAUGAUACCGGAGACCAAGGGGAUGACUCUUGAGGAAAUUGAGGCCAAUCUGCUGUAACUUCUUUCAGCUAUUAGCACCUUUUAGUUGAAACUACCGUACAGCCGUACUGGUGAAUCUGUAAGAGCAGGUAGUGGCAUGCCCUUUUCAAUGGUGCAGCCUGCCCUUUUCAAUGAUACUUGUUGGUUGUGACAUAGGAUCAAAGUGUAAUACAUUCUUGUGCAUUCUGCAAUCCUAUAACUAGAUAUUGGUUGUACAUUUGUAGCAAAAAGUACAAUCAGAAUGACAUUUAACAAGCAGCACAGCUGGCUGCAUGAUCA